GCUGUUGACAGAGGGACAUUGGUAGUGGUCUUCAAGGCCAUCUUGGAAAGGACAGGAUGUGGCAAUAAAGGACCAUAGAGAGUGAAAUGAGCAGGAACGCUUUCCUGGUUGAGCUCCGCCAGCUGUCCCGGGUCAAUCACCCCAACAUUGUUAAGCUGUAUGGCUCCUGUGACAAUCCAGUGUGUCUGGUCAUGGAGUACGCAGAAUGUGGCUCGCUAUAUAACUUGCUGCACAGUGCCGAGCCCCAGCCCCACUACACAGCGUCCCACGCCAUGAGCUGGUGUCUGCAGUGUGCUCAGGGGGUGGCCUACCUGCACUCCAUGAAGCCAAAGGCCUUAAUCCACCGGGACCUCAAACCACCAAAUCUGCUGCUGGUGGCUCGUGGUACCGUGCUGAAGAUCUGUGACUUUGGAACAGCUUGUGAUAUUCAGACAUACAUGACCAACAAUAAAGGCAGCGCAGCCUGGAUGGCCCCGGAGGUGUUCGAAGGCAGUAACUACAGUGAGAAGUGUGACGUGUUCAGCUGGGGCAUCAUCCUGUGGGAGGUCAUCACACGCAAGAAGCCCUUCGACGAGAUCGGCGGCUCGGCCUUCUGUAUCAUGUGGGCCGUCCACAGAGGUACGCGGCCCCCCCUGAUCAAAGACCUUCCGGAGCCCAUAGAGACCCUGAUGACGCGCUGCUGGGACAAAGAACCCAGCCAGAGACCGUCCAUGGAGGAGGUGAAGAACACCAUGAGCAACCUCAUGAAGCCCUCCGACAGCCCAAACCGCUGA